CGGGCAUCCGAGUCGUCUGGCAAGGACUGCGGGCACGAGUCGUCUGGCAAAGACUGCGGGCACCGAGUGGUUCUGGCAAGACAGUGGGCUCCCGGGUCAUCAGGUAUCGGAUUGUCUGGCUCGACAGCGGGCAUCGGGUCACCAGGUAUGACAGGCGGGCACUGGGUCACCAGGCAUCAGGUCAUUUGUCUUGCCAGCGGCACCGCGUCAUUCUGGCAAGGCAGUGGGCACCGGAGGUCACCAGGUACCGGAUCAUCUGGAUCAACAGCGGGCAUCGAUGUUCAACCUGGCCUAAUAGGAAAAUGUCGGGCUGUGGAUCAGUUUCAUCAUGCUGAGUAGGGCAUCAGGCUGACAUGCAGGCAUCAGGCUGAGGAGAGGCUUCAGGCUGAGGAGAGGCAUCAGGCUGAGGAGAG